AUGGAUGGACUGCUCUUCAUUUCGCAGCUCAAAAUGGACACGAUCACACUCAAUGGUCAUAAGCACGUUGCAGAACUCUUGAUAUCAAACAAUGCUGACGUGAAUGCAGUGUUUGAAGGUGGAUGGACAGCUCUUCAUUUAGCAGCUCAAAAUGGUCAUAAGAACGUUGCAGAGCUCUUGAUAUCAAACAAUGCUGACGUGAAUGCAGUGCAGGAAGAUGGAUGGACUGCUCUUCAUUUCGCAGCUCAAAUCAAUGGUCAUAAGCACGUUGCAGAACUCUUGAUAUCAAACAAUGCUGACGUGAAUGCAGUGUUUGAAGGUGGAUGGACAGCUCUUCAUUUAGCAGCUCAAAAUGGUCAUAAGAACGUUGCAGAGCUCUUGAUAUCAAACAAUGCUGACGUGAAUGCAGUGCAGGAAGAUGGAUGGACUGCUCUUCAUUUCGCAGCUCAAAAUGGACACGAUCACGCAGCACUCAAUGGUCAUAAGCACGUUGCAGAACUCUUGAUAUCAAACAAUGCUGACGUGAAUGCAGUGUUUGAAGGUGGAUGGACAGCUCUUCAUUUAGCAGCUCAAAAUGGUCAUAAGAACGUUGCAGAGCUCUUGAUAUCAAACAAUGCUGACGUGAAUGCAGUGCAGGAAGAUGGAUGGACUGCUCUUCAUUUCGCAGCUCGAGAUGGAAAUAAGAACGUUGCAGAGCUCUUGAUAUCAAACAAUGCUGACGUGAAUGCAGUGUUUGAAGGUGGAUGGACAGCUCUUCAUUUAGCAGCUCAAAAUGGUCAUAAGAACGUUGCAGAGCUCUUGAUAUCAAACAAUGCUGACGUGAAUGCAGUGCAGGAAGAUGGAUGGACUGCUCUUCAUUUCGCAGCUCAAAAUGGACACGAUCAGUUGAUCCAACUGUUGAUUGAAGAAAAAGCCACUGUAAACAUUUUUUCAAAUACCGGUAGAACUCCACUUCAUAGCGCAGCACUCAAUGGUCAUAAGCACGUUGCAGAACUCUUGAUAUCAAACAAUGCUGACGUGAAUGCAGUAACUCCACUUCAUAGCGCAGCACUCAAUGGUCAUAAGCACGUUGCAGAACUCUUGAUAUCAAACAAUGCUGACGUGAAUGCAGUGUUUGAAGGUGGAUGGACAGCUCUUCAUUUAGCAGCUCAAAAUGGUCAUAAGAACGUUGCAGAGCUCUUGAUAUCAAACAAUGCUGACGUGAAUGCAGUGCAGGAAGAUGGAUGGACUGCUCUUCAUUUCGCAGCUCAAAUCAAUGGUCAUAAGCACGUUGCAGAACUCUUGAUAUCAAACAAUGCUGACGUGAAUGCAGUGUUUGAAGGUGGAUGGACAGCUCUUCAUUUAGCAGCUCAAAAUGGUCAUAAGAACGUUGCAGAGCUCUUGAUAUCAAACAAUGCUGACGUGAAUGCAGUGCAGGAAGAUGGAUGGACUGCUCUUCAUUUCGCAGCUCGAGAUGGAAAUAAGAACGUUGCAGAGCUCUUGAUAUCAAACAAUGCUGACGUGAAUGCAGUGUUUGAAGGUGGAUGGACAGCUCUUCAUUUAGCAGCUCAAAAUGGUCAUAAGAACGUUGCAGAGCUCUUGAUAUCAAACAAUGCUGACGUGAAUGCAGUGCAGGAAGAUGGAUGGACUGCUCUUCAUUUCGCAGCUCAAAAUGGACACGAUCAGUUGAUCCAACUGUUGAUUGAAGAAAAAGCCACUGUAAACAUUUUUUCAAAUACCGGUAGAACUCCACUUCAUAGCGCAGCACUCAAUGGUCAUAAGCACGUUGCAGAACUCUUGAUAUCAAACAAUGCUGACUGGAAGAAGAUGGAUGGACUGCUCUUCAUUUCGCAGCUCGAGAUGGAAAUAAGAACGUUGCAGAGCUCUUGA